AUGAGCCGAAUGGGCAGCAACGGCGGCGGCAAGCUGGCAAGCUGGCUGUGGCGCGCGCCGCGGCGGGCUCUGGGCCGCGCGCGCGACCUCUACGUGCGGAGCCUCACCAGCUGCGCGGGCCAAUUCCCGUCCGACGCCUCCUUCGGCUACCCGUCCUUCGCCGCCGCCCCUGCGCCGUGCAGCAGGGCCGCCGGCUACCACAGCUUCUCCGCCUCCGCCUCCCCCUCAUCCUCCUCGCGGUCCUACGACGGCGACGGCGACCUGCGGGAGCUCAUGCGCGCCGCGUCGGAGAGGCGGGCGGCCCCAGAGCGGCCGCCGGCGGUGCCCAGGAGCCGGAGCGUGGCCAUGGCGAAGAUCGACGAGGACGGGCCGUGCGACUUUGGUCUCGCCGGCGCCGGCGUGCCGUUUGCCAGGAGCCGGAGCUGCGCCGUCUCCGCCGGCCGGGCCAGUGGGCAGAGGGGGAGGGCCGCGCAUGUGCCUGUGGCUUGA